GUCUGGUGCUACGUCUCAGGACAGUUCCACACGCCUUGCCUUCGCUUGUGCUUCCAUCCUCUUGUCUGAGAAAAAUGCGUUUCCUGACACUACUGACGCUGGGGGCGCUUCUGGGCGUCUCCCUAGCAGACGACACUCCUGACACUGCUGCUGCUGCUGCUGCACCUGCUGCAGAUGCUGCCUCCACCAGGAGUUUAGCCAACCCAGCUGAGCCCCAGACCAGGUUAUUCGGCCUCGGCAACGUGAUCGGCAACUUGCUGAACUCGUGCUCGCGCUGCAACCCCACAGACCAGGCCUUCGCUAACAGGUGUUGCCAGAGCGGCCAGCAGCAGUGCUGCUUCGCCGUAGGAGGAUUCGGACCAGGAUUUGGAGGUGGCUUUGGAGGUGGGUUUGGACCUGGAUUUGGAGGUGGAUUCGGGCCUGGAUUCGGUGGUGGAUUUGGGCAACCCGGACUUGGAGGCGGAUUUGGUCCCGGAUUUGGAGGCGGAUUUGGGCCUGGAUUCGGAGGCGGCUUUGGGAGCAACACCAAGCCAGGUUUUUGCCCCCGGCAAGGAAUUUUCGGCCCCCUGACCCGCAGCGCCGCUGGCGCAGGCCAGAACGCCUCACCUGCCCCAUCACGUACCACUCGCCAAGCCCCAGCAGCUGCUGCCCCGGCUGCCACCGGAGCCGCCCCCAGAAGCGACGACCCCAGUACUAGGUUCCUCCCCAACCCCUUCGGUCCUGGAUCUCUCCUCCCCAACCCCUUCUGCAGGGACGAGUGCUUCAACGACUUUGACUGUCCCGGCAACCUCAAGUGCUGCCUCCGCGACUGCAGAGUAUGCAACAACCCCACCUUCAACUUCUUCUAAUUUAGCUACUCUUUACUGGAAAUGAUAUUUUUCCAUUCUAUUCAAGCAUUUGAAUGGAGAACAAGAAAGACAAAUUUUUAUAAUAAUUAAAAUAAAUUAAAUUAA